UUGCGCCUGCGCAUCUAAUGUAACAAGAUGGCGGAGAGUGCGGAACUGAAGCAAAUGGUAAUGAGCCUUCGAGUUUCGGAGCUCCAGGUGUUGUUGGGGUAUGCAGGGCGGAAUAAGCACGGGCGCAAACAUGAACUUUUGACCAAAGCUCUCCACCUACUCAAAGCUGGUUGCAGUCCUGCAGUGCAGAUGAAGAUAAAGGAGCUCUACAGACGGCGCUUCCCAACCAAAAUGGUUUCACCGGUGGACCUAGCUCUGCCUGGUGUUCAUUCGGCUGCCAGUUUGCCCACUGGCCUCGCUCAGUUGGGAUUUGAUAGCCAUGGUUCCCCAUCACCUUUGCUCCCUGUGUCCUUACUUGGUCCUAAACAUGAGCUGAGUCUGCCUCACCUGCCCUCUGCCCUGCACCCUGUACACCCUGAUGUCAAGCUCCAGAGAUUGCCGUUCUACGAUGUGUUGGAUGAGCUCAUUAAGCCAACCAGCUUGGCCUCAGAUAACAGUCAGCGGUUCCAGGAAGCAUGUUAUGCCUUUGCAUUAACACCACAGCAAGUUCAGCAGAUCAGCAGCUCAAUGGACAUAUCUGGGAAUAAAUGUGACUUCGCAGUCCAAGUACAGUUAAGAUUUUGUUUAUCAGAGACAAGCUGUACACAGGAGGAUCAUUUCCCCCCAAAUCUGUGUGUAAAAGUGAAUGGAAAGCCCUGUAAUCUUCCGGGAUAUCUUCCUCCAACCAAAAAUGGAGUUGAACCAAAAAGGCCCAGUCGUCCCAUCAACAUAACUUCUCUUGUUCGACUGUCCACCACAGUUCCCAACACAAUUGUGGUUUCAUGGACUUCAGAAAUUGGGAGGAGUUUUUCCAUGGCUGUCUAUUUAGUAAGGCAGCAGUCAUCUGCAGUGUUGUUGCAAAGACUACGGGCCAAAGGAAUUAGGAACCCAGACCACUCAAGAGCUUUGAUCAAAGAGAAACUGACAGCUGAUCCAGAGAGUGAGAUUGCCACCACAAGUCUACGAGUGUCCCUCCUCUGUCCUCUUGGAAAAAUGAGGCUGACAAUCCCUUGCCGAUCGAUGACAUGCUCACACCUUCAGUGCUUCGAUGCUACACUUUACAUCCAAAUGAAUGAGAAGAAGCCGACUUGGGUGUGUCCAGUCUGUGACAAAAAAGCCCCAUACGAACAUCUCAUUAUAGACGGGUUGUUUAUGGAAAUAUUGAAUAGUUGUUCUGACUGUGAUGAAAUCCAGUUUAAAGAAGAUGGAAGCUGGGCACCCAUGAGAUCAAAGAAAGAAGUACAGGAAGUGUCUGCUUCAUACAAUGGUGUGGACAGUGAUUUGUCACAAUCGGACGACCAUGAGCAUAAACGUUCUUCUCAUGACAACAACAAGAAAGUUGAUGUGAUUGAUUUGACACUGGAUAGCUCCUCAGAUGAAGAGCUAGAUGAUGAGCCUCCCCCUAAAAGACCCUGCCCCCCACUAUCGCCUGUUUCUCCACCUGCAACCAAGGGAGUACUGAACCUGCAUAGCCAGGCCUCACCGGUAACCAGAGCUCCCAGUAUGCCCCCAGUGGAGACCAGCUACAUUCCUCCUCCUCCACCGCUCAUACAGGACUACCGCCACUAUUAUCACACAACUAGUGACCUGCCAGAUUUAAAUUUCUUCUCCUUCCUCCAAAGCGACAAUCAGCAUUACAACAUGGUGAUGGCUGCUGCAGCAGCUGCAUCGGCUUCCACCUCAGAGGACCAUGACCUGCUCCUCAGCCGUUUCCUGCCCUAUGGCUCCUCUCAGAUGUUACGGGAGCAGCCGGGGACUCCUGGGAGCAGCACACUGGCAGCCACAAAUGGAGGCAGCAACAGUGGUAGCACCAGUAGUUUGGUGUCUUCCAGCAGCCUGCGGGACCGCGACAAGGACAGAGAGCGAGAUCGAGACAGGGACAGCCAUCCCAUCUCAGGGUUGUCAAGGUCCUCAGUAGAAGCCGCAGCAGCGGCAGCCAUUUAUGGUUCCAUAUCUGACGUUAUCUCUCUUGACUAGAGCCACACAGAACUGAAGCAACUCAAGAGAGACCUCGGACAGGAGUUCUUUGUAAAUAAAGAAGAGGAAGAUGAAAGAAUACAGUGCUAUGUACAGAGAGGAAAAUCUAUUUUCAAUUUUACUUAUCAUAUGUAUAUAAACUUAGGACGCUUCUUGUCCGGUGAGUUACUUCAGUUGAUAUUUUUCUGUGAAUACUGAAGACUUUUUCACACCUCUUCAUGUGGUCCUUUGAUUAUUGUACCUUUUGUACUUGGUUUUUACAGUUUUGUUUCAAUAUUCCAUGUCAAUGGCAUUAUUUCAGUAAUAUUAUGUGCACAGAACCCUAUGAGGUGACACCUUACAGAUAAUGAUAUUUAGAAUAUAAAGAAAAUGGGCAUAGUUAUAGAUGUACAAAAGGCAAGUCACAGCAAAACAGGAACAUGUGUUAACACUUUCUUUAUUUUCUAAAUGGCAUCACAUCUGUCAAUAUUUUGACGGGAGAGAUUUGGCCAUUUUGCCAUCACUGUAGGUUCAUCUGUAAGACAUUCAUGCUGUGGUCAUUAUUUUUAAGGAAUAUUUAUGAUGUAACUUAUGUUGGAUGUAUGCUGUUUUUUAAAAAAGCAUUCCCUCUGCCUUUAGGAACUGUUGCCACUAGAAUUGCAAAAGAAAAACGCUAAAUCCUUCUGUUGUCAUAACUCUGCACUCUUUUGCUCCUUGCCUCUUUUAGUCAAUUUUGAACAAUUUUACAGAUCAGACUGUAUUUAAAUGCAUAUGAAUUGGAAGAAAGUCAGUAUUGUAUUGUAGAACCAGGCUUUUUUCAGUGUGUGAAUGAAGAGCAAUGAAUCUGACAAGCAACCAUCUGUUAUCACAUGAUACAGUUGGAGCUUUAUACAAAUCUGAAAAUUGUGUUUUUUCUCUUUUUAUUUUCCAUAUUUCAUUUUUUCAAGUGAAGUAGUGGAUUAACAUUACAAACUUGUUUUCCACUUCAAAGUCAAGGCCACUUAGAGUAACUUGGUAAUCGAAAGGCACAAAUGUUCAGCGAGUACAAGUGGACAAAUGACAUAUAAUGAUGUCGUUCUAUUUGAUUCCCACUUGCUUUUUGCAAAAAGGCUGUGUGGUGCACUGAAGCACUCACAGUUAACAGUACACACUUCAAGAGUAGUUUUCAGCUUUGCAUGUCUCUGCGAUUUACCUGAAAGCUCACAUGUUUGAGUGCUAUGCUGUUCUGUUGUGAGGCCACAGGAUGCGUAGCCUUUUUCAUUGUUUCGUGUAUUUGCAGCCGCCUAUAAGAUAACUAAGAUAGCUUAGUCUUUGAGUGUAUCACAACACAUUUUGGCCUAGAACUUAAAACCAUUGAAGUUAUUAUGGACACCUCCCCUCCCUUUAUUUUCUUGACUUGCGCUUACAAUUAGGAUUAUUUAUUUACUAUAUAUUUUGAGCAUUUGUUUGAUUCGUGAAUAUGCAUUGCUGUCAUUGUAUGUGAUAUUUCUUUUGUAAUUAUAUAAUUAAUGCUAUUUAAAGAUGUCAUUGUUGCCUGACAUGCAUUGUAACAUUUUCUGUUUCUCUGUCCGUUUUACUAUCAGAUGAUGUCAAUAACUCAAUAGAGGCUUUGAUCAUUUUGAACCGCUACAAGGUCUACUGUGCUGUUUGAUAUUUGUAAGAAUUAAACAGACAUAUAAAAGUGCAUCAUUGUAGUUGGUGUAAGAUUAGUCCUGCAUUACAUGCAUGUCUUCUGCUGCAGUAUGCAGAUUUUUUAUUAUUCAAUUUGUUGUUAAGCAAAAUCCAAAGCUUUAAAAGUGGAUGCAUGUAGUGUGUGAACUAAAAUGUGAUAUAGGAACAUAAGUAUUUUAAAGUAUUAUGGAAACAUUGCCAGUUAUGUCCUAAAGCCAGUGGUUGGAUGUAAUUAAAUCUUUUCUCAAAUUGUUUACUUAAGUACAGAUGUGAGGUACUGGUACUCAAGUUUUCCAUUUGACACAUUUUCAUACAUUCUAUUCUCCACAUCCAAGACAUGGCACAUUUACUUCACUACAUUUGUCUAACAGCUUUAGUUACUUUUCAGGUUAUAUGAUUUCAUCUUCGUCCUGUCCAGUGAAAAUGACGUAUCUCCAAAUGUGUUGAUUGAAUGUAUGUGAUAAACUAAAGGUGGUAGCAGCUGACUUACCAAAGGACACAAAGUACAACAGGAAGACAUAAGAAAUUAAAACCAUUGUUACCUGCA